AUGGUGUGCGAGAGGCAGACCGUCGUUGGAUUCAAGGUCCUCGCACCCGAGGAGCGAAGGGAUGCUGCAAACGCUCGACCGCCGCCACCCCCUAUGCUGUUGAGAGUGCCGUUGCGAGGCCAUGGCGAGUUGCGAGGCGAGCGACAGGAGGGCUGUAACAAGCGUGGCGACCUGCUGCAACCCCGGUGCGAUGGCGUGCUGGAAUCGGCCAUCAUUGAUGCUGGAACCAACCAUCGUCGGUGCUACAACCGACGGCCACCUGUGGAGAAAGACACCUCAACGCACACAAAGUCACCAAAUAUAGCACAAGUUUUUCUUGGAGGUUCUUAUCUAGGAGUAGAAACUAGUGAGCGACUAGAGAUGUCACUCUUAUCACCACCACCACCACCACCACCAUUGUUGGUCACACCAUAUGGGUCAACAGGAGGUGGUGAUUCGUCCGUUUCAAUCGACCCUUACGUACCAUUGAUCGUGACUUUGAUCAUCAUUGCCGCCCUCAUGGUUGCCUCUUUGGUUUUUGCAAAUUUAUGUGUUAAGCGUUGGGCAUUCUUCAACAGUUCAUAUGCUACACAGUCAUUCGUGAAGCAAGAAUGUGGCAUGUGCACUCGUGAGGGCACCAUUGAUGUUGCUUAUCCUGUGAUGAAGGGUAAUGUGGAGAAUGUGGCUUCAGAGGAGUUGGUGGAGUCAGAUCCACCACAAAACGAAGAGGAUGACGAGGAUGGUUCUUCCGAAGAAGGUUUUUAA